AUGCCGGCGGCAUCCUCUCAGCCGCCGGUCAAGCUUUCGCUUCCUCUGCAAUUCCAGCAGGAAAUCUACCAUUUGUUACGCGCAGAGGAUGUUCUUGUCAUCCUCGCGCGAGGCCUAGGUCUGCUCAAAAUUGUCACUAAUUUGCUCCACUCAUACGAUGCUGCGGGCAAUUCUCUGGUGAUCAUCGUGGGAGCAGAAGACCGCGAGAAUGAAUGGAUCGGGGAGGCUUUGGCAGAGCACUAUGCCAUCUCAAGGAGCCCUUUGGCCAAAGGUCUUCGGGUCAUCAAUACUGACAAAGCCACCGUGGCGGCCCGAGAAAAGAUCUAUUCUGAGGGUGGCAUCGUCUCCGUCACCAGCCGAAUCCUUAUCGUCGACCUACUGUCAAAGCUUCUGGAUCCAGAGACGGUCACUGGCCUGGUCGUCCUUCAUGCUGAACGCGUGAUCGCCACGAGCAUUGAGGCUUUCAUUGUGCGCAUCUUCAGGCAGUUCAACAAAAUCGGAUUCCUCAAGGCCUUCAGUGAUGCUCCGGAGCCGCUUGCUUCAUCCUACGCACCGCUAGCCAGCUUGAUGAGGAAUCUGUUCUUGCGCAAGCCAUCGCUUUGGCCCCGCUUCCAUGUUUCCAUUGCACAGAGCUUGGAGGGGAAGAAGAAAGCGGAUGUGAUUGAACUGGAAGUGCCCAUGACGGAAGCCAUGCAAGCGAUCCAGAAUGCCGUCCUGGAAUGUGUGGAAGUGAGCAUCUCCGAACUGAAAAAGGCCAAUACCGGGCUCGAAAUGGACGACUGGACACUCGACUCUGCACUACAUCAGAAUUUUGACGCCAUUGUCCGGAGACAACUCGAUCCAGUAUGGCACCGAGUAAGCUGGCGGACGAAACAGAUCGCGAAUGAUCUGACGGUGCUGCGGUCUAUCCUCCAUUCACUUCUCACCUAUGACUGUGUGUCGCUUCUAAAGUAUUUGGAUACCGUCCUUGCCACCCACUCCCCACCUCCGGGGUCUACCAGGCAGAAUCAAUCGCCGUGGCUCUUCUUGGACGCCGCCGCCACCAUAUUCCGAUCCGCCAGGGACAGGGUGUACACAGGCAAAGUGGAAGAUGGCAAUGUUUUGCCAACCUCAAAACUCCCGGAUUCUCUCAAGCCCGUGUUGGAAGAGCAGCCAAAGUGGACAGUUUUGGCCGAGAUUCUUCACGAAAUAGAAACAGACGCAUAUCUGAACCCCACACCCAGGGACGACUCGAAUCAAACUGUUUUGAUCAUGUGUAGUGAGCAGAGAACAUGCCGCCAGGUGCGAGAAUACUUACAGACCAUGCACGUUAAACCCCUCCCACAAGACAUGAGCGAGGGUCAGGCACCUCAUAGAGUGGAGGAGGAAGAACAGAAGGGUUCUGCAGAAUUUAUGAUGCGGCGAAAGCUUCGAGAAUAUCUUGGAUGGCGCAAGACGUUUGCUCAGGUCAGCGCCUCUCUAUUCGACGAGAACCAGAAAUCUCUCAAUGAUAUCAAGGGCAAUACGGCAGCAGGUCGGCUUAACAGCAAAGCGCCGGCGAACAAACGAAGGCGCGUGCGGGGCGGAGGAGGGGCGGGUUUCAAUCCGUCACGAACUGCUUAUGGGGCCGUGGCCGUCGUCGAAGACAAGGCUGCCCAGGUGGCCGGUCUGCUCGCGGAGCUGCGCCCAACAGAAUUGGAGUCGCUGCAGAAAGAAGACAUUGUUGUCGACGACCUAGACAAUGCUGGCGAGGACUUCUUCGAGCUAUACGACCCGGCUGACCAAGUGGUGGUGCACCCUUACGACGGAGACCAGGAUGACCAGCUACUCGAAGAGCUCAGACCCAAAUACAUUAUCAUGUACUCGCCUUCUGCCGACUUCAUCCGGAGAGUGGAGGUGUACAGGUCGAGCCAUUCGGACCGGAACGUCCGUGCAUACUUCAUGUACUAUGGUGGAAGUGUGGAAGAGCAGCGAUACCUUUCGGCGGUGCGGCGCGAAAAGGACUCCUUCACCAAGCUCAUCAAGGAACGCGGCAGUAUGGCUGUCACUCUUACCGACAGCAAUCUGGACCCGCAGGAGGCCUUUCUACGAACAGUCAACACGCGGAUUGCCGGCGGUGGAAGGCUUGCAGCCACGGCUGCUCCGCCGACGGUGGUGGUCGAUGUCCGCGAGUUUCGCUCGGCUCUGCCCAGUUUGUUGCAUGGCCGCAAUAUGCACAUAGUUCCUUGCCAGCUGACGGUCGGUGAUUACGUCUUGUCGCCGCAAAUCUGCGUGGAACGAAAGUCGGUCCGGGAUCUGAUUGCCUCGUUCAAGAAUGGGAGGCUCUUCAACCAAGCAGAAACCAUGCUACAAUAUUACAAAUACUCCUUUCUACUCAUCGAAUUUGACCACAACAAGUCAUUCACCCUGGACCCCUUCGCCGACCUCACCUCACUGUCGACCUUGAAAAUGCCGGACUCCGAGACCAAGGAUUUGCAGUCGAAACUGGUGCUUCUCACACUUGCGUUCCCCCGUCUCAAGGUCAUCUGGUCAUCUUCACCUUACCAGACAGCAGAAAUCUUUGAAGAGCUCAAGAAGCAGCAGGAAGAGCCGGAUCCACUGCGCGCCGUCCAAAUCGGCCUGGCUGAAGACGAAGAUCCCGAAGAGAAGACCUUCAACACCGGGCCGCAAGAUCUACUGCGGACAAUACCAGGCGUGACGGCCAAAAAUGCAAGCCGCCUUUAUCUGGAGACCAAAAAUGUGUUGGAGGUGGCCAACAUGAGUCUGGAAGAACUUGAUCCUCUCGUCGGGAAGGAGGCGGGUAGGCAAAUCGUGCGGUUUUUCACAAAGAGCGUUUUCGACGACGAAGAUCAAUGA